AUGCCGAAGGAGUGAAGGAAAUUAUCAGCAACAACUAUGUGCUUAACAAAGUGAUCUUCCACGGGUUUAGCGGUUUAGGAUUUAUUUUAGGAAUCGCUUUACUGUUCUUUUCGCCACUGGAGAACGGAUUGCCUAUCAGGGCACGAUACCCGUUCAAUACGACGAUACCACCUUGGCAGCAGAUCGCUUUCGGAGUGGAAACCUGCACCGUUUUAGGUGGCCUGUUGAGCAUAGUCGCCAUGGACAGUCUAACUACACUAAAAUGCAGUCUAAUCACUACAUUGUUUAACGUUCUAAACGCUAAUUUCGAGAACUGUACAAGCAGAAACGAGAAUACAGAUAAAUUUUGUGAAGGGUACGAGAGAAAAUUGAAUAACAAGUUCCAUCGUCGUUACAAGACGUGCAUCCAAUUUCAUCAGAGAUUAGUGUCUAUGACCAACGAUUACAACAGGAUCUAUAGCUCGAGUAUGUUCGUUCAGAUGUUGUCGAGCACCUCGAUGAUUUGCCUGACCGGUUUCCAGGCUGUGGUGGUCGGAGGGCAAAGCUCGGAUAUUUUCAAGUUCGGUGUCUACCUAAGCGCCGCGGUGUCUCAGCUCUUCUAUGCUUGUUGGAUCGGGAACGAAUUGAGUUACGCGAGUACAGUGGUGGACAGAAGCUUGUGGCUCUCGGAUUGGCAUUAUGAAAAUUUACAAAGUAUUUUACAAACAUUCACGCUGUCGAUGACAUUUAGUAGACAGCCGUUGGUUCUAAAGGCUGGCGUGUUCUACGUGUUAUCUUUGCAAACUUUUAUCGUGAUCAUAAAGAGGUCUUAUUCAGCCUUCACGUUAUUGAACAACAUGGAUGUAUAAAACUUGUAUAAUUACUGUCUUAAAUAUUUCAAUUAUUAUAUGAAUGUAAGAAAUACUAAAACAAAUGUUGAUCAAAACUGCGUUUAUUGACAAUCUGAAUAGUAGUCCUAACUGACCGAAG